AGUACAAAAAUCUGUUGGGCUUCAUUUCAAUAUUUUGAUUACACAACCUCUUUUUACUUCAUCAAAUUUAAUGAUGCCAUCACACUAAUUUUAUUAAAUACAGUUAUACAGAAUACAAAUCCUUCAAAAAAAAGAAAAAAAAAAACAAUUUUAUAAAAAACAUUAAAUUAAUUUUAAAAAAGGUAUUUAAAAAUCCAAGUUCUUAUGGUAGGUUUGACCACUGCCUCAUUGGGUCCGCCUUUCUUUCUCUACUUUCUCUCUCUAUCUUUCCUCCACUCCGAAACUUGUUCAAUUCAUAGUAUUACUAGUACUUGUAUAUUUUCCCUUUUUUUUUUUUGGCAUUUGGAAAAAUCUUUAUGACCUUUCCUCAUUUCUUCUUCAGCUUUCAUUUGACUUGCUGGGUUUUUAAUUUUUCAUUGCAUUUCCUACUUCCUCACCAAUAAAGAUCAUAGCUUUGAUUGUAUAAAGUUAGCUAAUUUCAGGAUUUUAGAUUGAGUUACAUGCUUGAAGAGUUGUGAAUAAAAUGGGUUGUUUCACGGUCUUAAAAGGUAAAAAGAAGAAGACUGAUCAUAGUGUACAUAUCAAACGUGUACUCCCCCAGGAAAGUACACCAACAACCCUUCCUGAACCACAAAUCCGCAGUCAUGCCCUGCAAUCAGCCCCUCCAAGUUUUCGCACCAGAGGGCAGCCUGCUCAACCCACAGAAAAAUUGACUAGUAAUAGGAUGCGUGCACUUUCUGCGCCAUCAAGUUUUCAUGGAGAAAGAGAGUUGUCAUCAACUGAAUGUGAAGAGAGAGAAGAGCCGAGAUCCCAUGUACUAUUACCACAAGAACAAAGAUCGCCUAGUCCACAGCCUCUCCCUCUUCCUUCGCCUCAUGUAUCUGGCUCCCUGAAAAGUACAGGAAGCUUUAAAGUGAGAAAUUCCAGUGGCCCCUUAUGUACUUCAGGUCCACUGCCUCUACCUCCAUCAGGAACACUUCGAAAUUUUUCCUAUGAAGAAAUUACAUCUGCCUGCCACAGUAUUUCAUCAGAAACUUGUACAUCCGAGAGUCUUUCUUCAACUAUGUUUAAGGCUUCCUUCUGUGAUGCUUCUUCUAGUGUGAGAAAGAUUGAAGCCACUGUUACCCGGUUUUAUCCUACAGCUCAGGGUUUAAGGGAUUUUGUGAAUGAGGUGAACACACUUGCAUCUCUUCAACAUCCCAACCUAUGUAAGUUGCUUGGUUAUCAUGCACGAGAUGGCUCUGACCAGAGGAUAUUGGUCUAUGAAAGGCUACAUCAUGGAAGCUUAGAUCGGUUAUUAUACGGUAGAUCAGAUGGUCCUCCAAUUGAUUGGAAUACGAGAGUAAAAGUAGCUUUAUGUGCCGCUCAAGGACUUACCUUCUUACAUGAACAAGGUCCAUUCCAGGCAAUGUACAACGAAUUUACUGCAGUAAAUAUUCAGAUUGACAAGGAUUUUAGUGCAAAGCUUUCAGGAUAUGGUUGCGUUGGCCUCCUCCCAGAAACAGAUAUUUCCAAUACCUCUUCGGCACUAGGGAAUCUUUCUGUGGAGACUGUGGAGAAAGGGUUACUCACGCCUAAAAGCAAUGUUUACAGCUUCGGAAUAGUUCUCCUAGAAGUUCUCACUGGACGGAAGAAUAUGGAUAGUCGACGAUCCAAAGAGGAGAGGAACUUAGUCAAAUGGAGCUGGCCAUUCCUUGCCGAUGAAUGUAGGCUCUCCUUAAUAAUGGACCCUCAGCUGAAAGGGCGAUUCCCCAUAAAAGCAGCAAAAACAGUUGCUGAUAUAGCUCAAAAAUGUCUUCAGAAAGACCCUUCAGAGAGACCCACAAUGAGAACAGUUGUGGAGAACCUCAAAUCCAUACAAGAUAUGAAACAUUCCUGCCGGUUUCCUCUUCAAGAACCAGGAACUGUUGCUGGAAAGCAGAUGUUUCGAUCACCCAGUCUACCACCUCGCCAAAGUUAUUCUCACCCCUCACCAUCUAGGGCCAACACCUCUUCCAUCUCUCCAACAAGGCCUCUCACUUUGCCCUUGUCACUUCCUCCUCGUGCUUGUUCUUCACUUCUUUCAUUGGAUGACAUUGAACGCCAAGAGGCCCGAAAAUCAUCAUCAUCAGUGGGAUUCCGAAGAUCUAGUGUUGAAGGGUUCUGAUUGUUAAUAUCUUGAAUUUUCCCCCCAUUUUCUUCGUCCCCAUAUGUUUUUUUUUUUUUGGGUUUUUAUCUUUUUUCGAGUUAUACAUGAUUUAUUAUACAGUAUAAAUAUGGUGUUCCUCCCCUUUACCACAUGCCUCAUGAAAUAGCCUGUGGAGGAUAGUGGUUUUGUAGAUAUCCUGUUCGAGUGUAACCCCUCUAGAAUAUGCUGCAGUUUAUGAGAGAAAUGUGGUUUCUUACGAUUUUUUUGCCCUCGCCCUCGCUUGCUUCUAGCUUGAUCACCCUGAACUCUUGACUCUUGAGUCAGUCAAGUCGGCCUCAAUAAUCACACUGCAAAUGUUAUACUCACUUCCAAUUUUAAGUCCUUUACUUCAUUU